AUGGGCAGCACCGCGCUAUCAAUGUUCCGCACAGCAGACCAGCUGGCUGGUGGUGUCUGGCUGGUCAGUCAGCGCUCAUGCAACGGGCGCCCGACAGCGUCGAAGUCGCCAAAAAAAUUGGUCGCCUUGGCUGAGCAUCAACCAACAAGUCCCCCUCAAGCAAUCAACUGUCGACGGCGGCCGAAACGAGUUCACAGUAUCAUUCACACCCUCAACAUCAUCAUCAGCACCACCACCGACGUUCAGAAUACUCCGUCUCCCGCUUCGACCAAGCGUCGCCAAGCCGUCGAUCUCGCUCGUCAAACCCCCUCGCCGGCCCAUUGGUCCUGUUACUCACUGCCUCCGGCGCGCAUCACUUCCUACAUCCCAUCCAUACAAUUCCAGAAUGGUGCAGACAUCAACUGUCGUCACGGCGUCCGUCGCAUCCGCCGCGGCUGCCAUUGUCGGUACGAGGACCCUCCGCCCCUUAUUUUCUUCGUUGCCGUCAUGAACUCUCUCGCCUUACACGAUGAAUUACGACCGUUUGGUCGUCACCAUGAUGGCAUCAUCGCCCCGCGCCCGUCAUCGCCAUCGUCACCAACGCUUCAGGUCGCUAACCGUCCGCCUCUAGCCUAUGCCGCAUUCUUCGAUUACCGCCGACGUUCCCAAGCCGACUUCCGCCGCACGCUGCGAAGAAACGAGCGGCGCCAGGCUCGCACCGAGAAGGAAGUAGCCGAAGCCUCGACGCGCGCCCAGCGCGAUGCCAUCAAAGCCAAGGUCAACGCUGCCAAGGAGGAGGGCUUCCCUACCGGCGUCGAAGAGCGUGAAGCGUUCUUUAACGAGCAGGUCAUGACGGGCGAGAUGCUCAGCUCAGAUUCCUCCAAAUCUGUCGAGUCCGCCCUGGCUUUCUACAAGGGCCUCAAGGUGUAUCCCGCGCCCGGAGACCUCAUCAAAAUUUACGAUAGCACCGUUCCCAAGCCCAUAUUAGACAUCCUUGCCGAGAUGAUUGCGUACGACUCCACUCUAGACAUCCGCCCUCGCGCCCCCAGCAGCAUCAACCUCGGCGAAAUCCCCAACGUCGGCCUCGACUAA